UCCGAGGCACUAGGUGCGUGUCGCUCAUUCGGUCGAGACGUACGUCAGCUCGGCUGCGAGUUUUGUGGAGAAUAACAACAAUUCCUCAAAACACUGCCUCGUGGUAUGAGAAAAGAGGCUGGAUUUUUACUGCUUUCUGAAACUAUGCUCUCUUUUUCUAUUGGAACAUAGUGUCGGCGGAACAGCCGUCGAUUUCGUACACAUGUUUUCGACUUAGCGUCUAUUUGUGCAGGUGGUAAACGAAUCACGGAGUUCGGGGUCGAGUCCUUGCGGCUCCAACACCACAGUUUUGCCGGUGCUUGUCAGAAUCGGUGCAGAGAGUCUGACCGCCGCGAUCUGUCUUCGUAAAAGGUAGGCAAAUGUUAUUUUAUUAUGCCGAAGAAUGUAAUCUGGUAAGAAAGUUUUGCUUCCUUCCAAAGAAAAGUAUUAUGUGAUCUCUAAAGGCAUUCCAGUCAUUCCCCAUCCACGAUGGGGUCUCUGUUAUCCUCCUCAACGCUGAGAGAUCACUAACCUUUGUCGAACUUUCCUACAAAAAAGUAAAAGGAAAAGAAAAUAAAAAGCGAAAAGCACCCACGAGAUCACCCCUAACCUUCCGACGAUGCUUCCAACCCAGAGGUCGAGCCGAAUCCUCAUCGGAUCACGGUGGCUGGUACAUCCAGGUUUCCUCUUCCUCCUGCUCUCUCUGUCCAUGACAUCACUGAUUGGCGGAGAUGAUGGGCCUUGGCAGAACGGAAUCCAGCCUCACAUCAGGGUAUCGCAACUUGAUGAAUCCGAUUUGCAGCGAUUCCUUGGGAACGAAUCCCACACUGAUUACUUCAAGCUUUUAGAACAAGAUGGGGAAUCCUUGCUGGUUGGGGCAAGAAACAUCGUCUAUAACAUCAGUUUGUCCACGCUUAUGGAAAAGAAGAGGCUGGAAUGGUUUUCUUCAUAUGCGGAUAUCAGCAUGUGUAAAUUGAAAGGAAAAUCAGAGACGGAAUGUCAGAAUUACAUUCGUGUCCUGGCAAGAAAAUCUGAGGACGUCAUUCUAGUCUGCGGGACAAAUGCUUUCAAGCCAAUGUGCCGAAAUUACAGACAAACGCCUACUGACUACAUUGUAGAGAAGGAAAUGUCCGGUGAAGGUUUGUGUCCUUAUGAUCCUAAUCACAACAGCACCGCUAUAUUUGCAGGACCUCUUGGACAGAGAACAGACGGAGAUCUGUACGUAGCAACCGUGGCGCAGUUUUCUGGAGCCGAUCCUCUCAUCUACAGAGAACCGUUAAGAACAGAGCAAUUCAAUUUUGAGCAUCUAAACGCUCCGAGUUUUGUGAGUUCUAUCCAUCAUGAAGAUUACGUAUAUUUCUUUUUUCGAGAAACGGCGGUGGAGUACAUCAAUUGCGGGAAGACCGUAUACUCCAGGGUAGCUCGAGUUUGUACUAAAGAUAAAGGUGGACCUCACAAAUUUCGGAACCGAUGGACUUCUUUCUUGAAAGCGCGUCUCAACUGCUCUCUACCGGGAGAAUUUCCCUUCUAUUUUAACGAAAUACAAUCUACUAGCCACAUUGUAGACGGACUGUAUGGAGGAAAACCAGCACAGUUGAUCUAUGCUGUCUUUACCACACCAACAAAUAGCAUAAGUGGUUCAGCAGUGUGUGCAUUUCGCCUUGAAGAUAUUCUGAAGACUUUCGAUGGACCAUUUAAGGGACAUGAAGAUGUUAAUUUUAAUUGGCUUCCUGUCCAGAAUUCUAAAGUUCCAGAACCUAGACCUGGCCAGUGUGUCAAUGACUCCAGAACAUUGCCGGAGAUGACGGUGAACUUCAUCAAAAAUCAUAAUCUAAUGGAUCAGUCUGUACCAGCUUUCUGGGGAAAGCCUCUUGUAAUCUACACAGGUUUCAAAUAUCGUUACACAUACAUCGCAGUUGAUCCUCAGGUGGAAACAGCAAAUGGGAAAAAGUAUGAUGUUCUGUUUAUAGGAACAGAUAAUGGCAAAGUGAUAAAAGCCCUGAAUGCUGGCAGUGAUGAGAAGGAAGCAUCUAAAAUCACACCUGUUAUCGUAGAGGAAAUGCUAGUGUUCCCACAGCGGGUCCCAAUCACCAAUCUUCUAGUAUAUCAUACCAUGUCAGAAGCAAAGUUAGUCGUGGUCUCUCAAGACGAAAUCCUUACCAUACCCCUCCACAACUGCGACAAACAUGCUCGUACUUGCAGUGCAUGCGUCGCUCUCCGAGAUCCGUACUGCGCCUGGGAUAUCAAUGAAAGAACCUGCACCAGCUCCAAGAAAAGGAUUGGCAAGAAAGAUAAGUUCGUGCAGAACGUCGCUAAUGGAUGGGACACCCGUUGCCCUGAAGAUGCAAAGCCUUCGUCUUCACCUAUUACCGUUCCUAGCACAACGCCUAUCGAAACAACAACUCAGGAACCAAUCACGUGUCCUCCGUGUCCAGUCAAGUGCGUAUGUCCAGGUGUCCCCGGAUACAUGGAUAAUGAAGUGGAUGAAAUCGGUCGUCCGCUGAAUAAAGAAACAAGCCCCCAGAGAUCACCUCAUCAGUCGGCUAGUCGCCAUGACAACCAUCUCGGGGGAAGGCCAGUUCCCCAGGAAGAUCCAGACAUUAAGCCGAACAUGAGCCCUGAUACCCCAGACGCAUCCAGGGAUUACCAUCUCAUUUACACUGCCGAAACUUUAGCGAUUGCAGUCACCUCCAGUAUCGUCUCUUCCCUAGUUGUAGGCUUUAUCAGUGGUUAUAUUUUCAGUCGCAGGUGUAGGAACGAGGAAAUGGAAUCUCCUUAUGAUGAAGGACCGUAUCUGGAACCUCAACAUAAUGUUCGGAUGGACCCUCACCUGGAUCCCUACCUUUCGAGAAAUAACAAACCCAUUAAUCUGGUCCUCAACGUCCCCAACACGAACAGCAAGAAUAGCAAGACAGCCAACAGCUCAGCAGACAAUAAGCCUGUAGAUAAAGUCAAGAAAAUCUACUUAUAGUUGAAAAGGAAUACCGUUGGCCCGAUGGAUAAGAAAUGAUAAUAAUGUGGACUCGCGGCAAAAUACGUCGUGUGUAGUAAUGUUUCAUGUGCGUAUGUAUCAUCAUUUCUUGGUUGUCAACAGUUCCGAUCAGAAAGUCUUUUUCUCAUGCCAGGAAAGGGCGACAACAUGCUUUUCUUUUCCUUUUUUUUUUCCGCGCACAGUUUCUUCUGUCUCCUGUGGUUGUAGCAUUGAUGUUUUUGUGAAACCGCAAAAUGCGCGAAUGAAAAAAUAAUAUUAAGUGUUUGCUGCUAUUUUCUUGAGGACAGUUCGAUUUUCUAUCACCGCCCAAGAUGGCGGUUUUCAAGCGCACGAGAAACUGAAAUUGAUUGUAGCAUAUUACUAAACGAUCAGUACAUCGGUCAUUUUUUCAAAAAACAUUUCAGGCAUUUUUUUUAAAUAUUUUAUGAACUUUCUUCCGUACCAAUAUAUUCCAAAGAUCUUUUGGAGGACAAAAAGUAGUGUCCUCGUGUGUGAAAUAUUUAAGUUUCAUACUCAGCAUAAAAACAGCCGCGACAAAAGGAAGAAAGAAGUUUGUAAUGAAUAGCUUCUUGGUGAACUUUCAAACUUUAAAAAAAUUCUGAAGGAAGUGAUAACUUUUGAAUAUAAUCACCGAACUUUGUCCCUGGUAAUGCUCCAGGCUGUAUGCCCAUAAGGAGACAUUCGUAUUUCAAAGUCAGCAAUUAGAUAUGUUCUUGGGAAAUGGUCUAAGCAUUGUGAUUCCCACACCCUUCAACUCAAGUUGGAUCGCCACUGCUGGGAAGACUAUUUGGUAUGCUGGCCGCUAAACUAUGAGUCAUUUAAUAUUCUUUCUAUGUAACUGAUAUCUUUUCUGAUCCUUCGUAUCUGAUGUCACGUUACAUCCAUCACUGGCAAGCAAUUUGCCGUCAACUAUGCAGUACGUCGUUCUUUUGUACAAAUAUGUGAAAAGUGUAUGUGCUUUUUUGUCACUUGUUCUCAUUAAACACGAGAUUUGAAGGUUUAAUCGGAAACAACGUGAAAUAAUAUUGCUUGAAAUAUUCCCUUACUGCUAAUGUUUUAUGUCAUACAAACUAAAUGCAAUGUUUAACAAAUUUAUUUUUUUUAUAUACGAUAAUUUUCUUUUCGCCACGUAAAUAUUUAUUUUACGAAUGAUUUAUAAUGGUACUCACUUCGUAUUUUAUGAAUUAGAUGUCAAAGUUUAGGAAGCCAAAGAAUGUUCUAAAACGUCACCUUUUGUGUAAAUGCCAUUGUAUAGGGUCUGAUAAAUAACAUCAUUUCUUCAGAUACUAAAAUAGUGAAAUAUGAUCGUAUUUUUUGUCUAUGGUGACAUUAAAAAAAACGUAAUAUUCGUGUUCUGGAAAGGAAAACUACAUGUUUUACUAACUAAAUUGAGGCUUAUAGAUAAAAAUAUAAUUAACCAUUUUAUUAAAUUAACAAUUUUUUUAGAAAAGAAAUUAUUCAUGCAAACUGUGAGAUUUUCAUAGUUAAGUAGUUCAUUGAAAGUUGUGUAAUUGAUACUAUAUAAAUAAGUAAAACGUGCUGUAUUGAGUAAUACGUUUGAUUUUUAACCGUUUAAUUAAGAAUAUAUUUUAAUAAAACUUACAAAUUCUAUAAAAAGGUAGUUUUAAUUUUUUUACAGAAUAUCCUUCUCUAAAUAUUUCUGAAAUCACCAGUAUAAGAAUUUCAAAAGCUGUUUUAAGACAGAAAAUUCAUUAAGUUUAUAUUUUCAUUUGUGAUCGUUGAAUUAGAAAAUAUUUCAGAGUGUUUCUUUUUAAUAAGUAUGCUGAAACAUUUUAAUAGAACUGUAAAGUGAAAUAAUAAUUUACAAUGAAAGAUGCACAUAAUAGUGAAACGUACGUAAAAUGUUAAGAAAAAUUAAAUUAAAUUCAGAUUUGAUGCCAUUUUUUCUUUCUAAUAGAUAUUAUACGUGUCAGAAAGUCGGAAUUCGUUCAGUGCCAGAAUACGCACAGGAAAAGUCUAUCGAUAUCAUUUUACAAAUUGAAAAAUGUCCAGCAUAUUUUGAACAUUUUUAAAAGUGGCCCAAGAAAUUCAAUUUCUUUUCUUGUGAUAUUGUUUCACGUUGUUCAUUUGUUGAUGUGUACCAAAAGGGAGCAUCUCUACUUCCCUAACUCUGAAAGGUUGCGAGAAUGACUCGAAUGUGACCGUUCUGAGUCAUUCCCGUCUGCUUUAGAAACUUCUCUCACUCGUUCAGCGCUUGCAAUAAAUUGAUAUCUGCUUUUAUACUGAGAUAAAUUGAAUGCUAUCUAUAUAUGUGACGUAUAUAUUAUAUAAAUAUACCUAUCUGUAGUUAUGGAAAGUGAAUCUUCGCUUUCUAAGUCUAGUUAAUUGAAAGCAAUUGCUAAUGGGUUUCUUUUAACCCAAGUUUAUUAAUUUAUUAUCUUUGCUUAAAAUGGAGCCAAAAUGAGUAAUAAGUCUUUUUUCCUCAUAGACAUUUACGAUCAUAUUCUGAAAAGUGUUUAUUUUUUGACUCCUUAUCAUAUCUUCAUGAGGAAUGAAGUAAAUCAAUUAUUUAUGAUUAAAAUUGAAUUUGGUUAAUGAAAUGAGAAUUCUUUUCUUAAAUUAACUCACAAAUCUAUUAAAUUGAUAGAAUAUAAGAAAAAAUAAACAUAUGUAUUAUGUUUUUAUUAAGAUGAUUUUCUGUAUGUCCCUUAAUUAUUGGAAUAUGAGAAACUAAUUUUUUAUACCACUAGAAGUACUCCAAAACCGCGAGUCUAUGAAAUCAUUUUUUUAAACAAAAUAUUAGCAAAAAACGUGGUUUCGGGGAAAAAAUGCCCAGUUUUGACAGCUGUACAAUAAUUCUUAUAUAUUCAUUAUACAGCAUAUGCAUCUCUUUCGCAGCAGUUGAAAUACAAAAAGAAAUCUGAAAGGUUUCAGACUUUAAAUUACGUCCAAAGGGGCGUUUUCUAAACAUUUUGUGUGUUACAUUUAUUUAUUAAAUAUCACGUUCUUCGCACUUAAACUAAAAUUCAG